AUGCCUGCCCCGGAGAAUUUAAGCUUCAACGUCCGUCAGCUCCAGGCCCACAUGCAAUGCGUGCAGGCUAGCGUCCUGCUCAUCCGGCAUCUACCAGUUCCAUGCGAGGAAUUAGAUGCCCUUUUCAACGGGCUGCCUCUACGCCUCCAGCGCGGUGGCUUCGAGGCAUCGAGGCACACCUGCUCACCCCGCUCCGGCAAGGGGACGGCCGCUAAUCCCACCAAUCCCCCGCCUCCCUCCGAUAUUGCGGUCCUGAACCUUGGCCUUGGGUCCCCGGGCUGGACGGAGCUGUCCGACGAACGAUACGUGACGUCCGCUAUGGAUACGACUCUGGGCUGCUACUCAUUUCGGGAUUGUGCCUGUGAUGAGGGCUGUAGGGACAUCGCCUCUUUGACGCCUGGAUUGUAA